AUGGUUUCCAAUUAUAAGAGAAAAACCAAUAGAGGGGCAUGGAAUGAGAUGAACAUGGAGCGAGCGUUGCAGGCUGUAGCAGAAAAGCGCAUGGGUUGGUUAAAGGCUAGCAGGCAUUUCCAAGUGCCCCAGGCAACACUUCGCCGCCAUGCCAUGAAUCAAAAUAAAAUAGCUGUUGGUAGAAGAAAGCAUCUUGGCAGACAUGAAACAACCUUAAAUCGAGGACUAGAAGAGGCUCUAGUGGAGCAUAUGCUAGCACUGGAAGCUAGAUUUUUUGGCGUAACGACCGAAGAUGUCCGUAUUAUGGCAUAUGAACUUGGAGUGAGAAUGAAGUUGAAACAUCAAUUCAAUAACACGAAAAAAUUGCAGGCAAAGGUUGGCUACGCUCUUUUCAACUAA